UCCCCUUGAAAUGACGUUUACCUAUAUCCUACCAAAAACAUCGUCAUAUGUACAUCACUUUUAAAUUACCAUCACGCACAUUCACCACAUCUAUUCCAUCAUAGUAUCAUCGAUCCUUCCCAGUCCACAAUUCCCCUGCAAUGAGUACCUCUCACAAUGCAUCAAUCUCUAUAAAGACUCCUAGAAUGUCCCCUCAAAUCCCCAUUCCAAUCCCCUUAACAUCAACAAGUUCAUUCCAAAAUCAAAACAUCCACACAAUACCAAAAAUUAAAAACAACGAUCAGUUACCCGAUAGAGCAACUCUCAAAACCCUCUCAUCUUUUAUAAAAAGCUGUCAGAAUUCUCCUACGCAAUCUACUACUUCAUUGUCGAUUUCUAUACCAUUACAACAUACGCCUCCUCCAACACUCACAACAGCAACAACAACAACAACUCGAAGUUCACUAAGACAACCUGCAAUUGCAACUCCAACCCUAUUGCAAACACAAACAAACCAUCAAAUCCUCUCAGCUUCACCACUAGAUCAAACCCCAACUAUCAAUAUGUCCCACACAACCACAACCGUCACCACCCGCACUACCCGCGGCCAACCAGCUCAUCACCACCAUCGCAAACCAAGCAUAGGCGAUAAGAUAAGUGGUGCUUUAUUGAAAUUAAGAGGAAGUUUAACUAGACGUCCUGGUUUAAAGGUAUGGAUAUUUCUUGAGUUCAUUUUUCAUUUUCAUUUUUCCUUUUUUGGAAGGGAGUUGAAGAAGUAAAGUGAAGUCCUUUGUGGAAAGUUCAUGGCUAAUUGAUGUAAUAAUAAAACAGGCAGCAGGAACAAGAAGAAUGAGAGGAACGGAUGGGAGGGGUAGUCAUCAUGUUUCUGCUUACUAGGUAAUUAGGUGGUGUUGUGUUUUACAGUAUACAGUACUACACUAUUACACUAUUACCAAGUAGCAAACAAGCAAGCAAGUAGUGAUGACUGCCUUCGACUACUACAGACCAGACCUGUGAUAUCUUGGUUUGGUUUGGUUUGCUCCGGAUUGCUUUCUUGUGUACUUGAAUGAAUGAUGGACGAAGAGACAAGUCAGGGCAAGAGGAAUGAGGCUAAAUAACGAGUUACGAUUGAUUGUAUUUUAUAGAUAGGUUAUUAAUAUAUGGAAACGGAGGAACGGAGGAUACGGAGGUACAUAAAUCACGAUACCCAGGAUAGAAGUUAAGCGGAGGAAAGUAGAACAACAGCAAGAGCAAAUGUUGUACCAUCUAAAUAUCUAAG